AUGGCAAGUUCAAGCAAUCAAAACAUGGGAGCUCUACCACUUUCUUUUCUACUUCUCAAUGGAGAAAGCUAUGAUUUUUGGUGUGUGAAGAUGAAGACCCAACUUAUGUCAAAUGAUGUUUGGGAAUAUGCUCAAGAUGGGUUUGAAGAUUAUCAAGGUGUGGAGGUGGCUUUGUCAAAUGAGCAAAAGAAACAAUUGAAGGUGGAUAAUAGGAUGAAUGCAAAAGCUCUCUCCAUGAUUCAACAAGGUAUUUCCGACAACCUCUUUCCUAGAAUUAUCAAUGAAACCCAAGCCAAGAAAGCAUGGGAUAUUCUUUACAAUGAGCAUAGAGGCAAUUUGAAGGUAAAAACCAUCAAACUUCAAUCCUUGAGAAGAGAUUAUGAGAAUUUUAAAAUGAAGGAUAGUGAAUUGUUGAAUGAUUAUUUUUCUAGACUUAUGGAUGUUGUGAAUCAAAUGAAAACAUAUGGGGAGGAUGUUGCUACUCAAAAAAUUGUUGAGAAAAUCUUAAUUAAUUUGCCGAAGAAGUUUGAUCCCAUUGUUGCCAUUAUUGAAAAUACUCAAGAUUUAGCCAAUUUGAGUGUCAAAGAAUUGAUGGGUUCCCUUAAGACAUUUGAGCAAAGAUUGAAUAGGCAAUCCGAAAAGUCAAUUGAGAGUGCCUUUCAAUCUAAGCUUAAUGAUUGCCGAGUCACAAACAAUCAACAAGCUAAUUACUUCGAAGAGCAAGAAGGUGGAGGGUGCAUGUUUUAUGCUUGUCAAGCUGCUUCCGAGCAAAAGAAUGAUGUGUGGUUCCUUGAUAGUGGUUGUAGUAACCACAUGACCGGAGAUGAGAGUAUCUUUGUGAAGAUCGAUACUUCCUCCAAUUCUCAAGUAAAAAUGGGGAAUGGUGCCUUAGUCCAAGCAAAAGAAAAUGGUACUAUUGCCGUGGAGACAAAGAAGGGUACAAGGAAUAUCUAG